UAAAAAAAUCGCCGAAACAAGAAGUUAAAUCAGGAAUAUUCUCGUCGAUAUACAAAUGGCUAUGGGGUCGAUCUUCGUGGUUUGGUGGAGUAUGGCUAGACGAUGCGCAACCGAAACAUUCCUCUACUACAACCACAACUCCUGUCCCCCUAACAACUUCCACUGACAACUGGUUCCAAGCCAUGUUACAUUCAGAAGAAAACGAUGACUCGCUACCUAGUCAAUCUGUAAAAAAUCCUCCAAAGAAAUCUCUCAAAAAGAAUUACAAAGGAUUUCAACUACUUAGAGCCUAUCCAGACGUGCAGUGGAAAGUUCAGGAGUUGUUGGACUUACAAGAAGAGGGCCAAGGCUCCGGCUUAAUGUGGUGGACAUCACCGUCGCUAAAUAGUUCAACAGAUCUCUUAGUUCCGCCUGAUCUCCUUCAAGAUGUGAGAGCUCAUUUGAAAUCGAACAAAAUAGAAUUUGAUGUUAUACUGUAUGAUUUACAGAAAGCAAUAUCUUACGAGAACCCAAAGCUUUCUAAAAAGCAAAGAAUCGAGCUGGAGCAACUGCGCGGCCACCCGAUGACUUGGCGGCGCUACCACCGCUAUGCGGAUAUCCUUCGCUAUUUGGAAUACUUACAGCAUUCUAACUCUGAAAUUGUAGAGCUAGUGCCAUUAGGACGAUCGUCAGAGGGCCUACCAUUGGUUGCAGUCAAGGUUUCUCUGCCAUCAAAUGAAACGCAAGCCAAAGAAUUAGGAGGAAAAAGUCAAAAGCGAUGGCGACUGAAGUCUUACAUGAAGCCAGCUGUUUGGUUGGACGGCGGAGCUCAUGCCCGCGAGUGGGUAGCGCCUGCGGUAGCUACCUGGAUGCUGCACGCUUUAGUAGAAGGCGAAAAAGGUUUAGGUCCUGAUUACGAAUUGUUGAAAAUGGCGGACUUUUACAUUUUGCCAGUAUUGAAUCCUGAUGGUUAUGAACACUCACACACACACGACAGGCUCUGGAUGAAGACACGCUCCCGGUUCACAGAUCGUUCUGAUGAUUACUACGUAGGCUGGUUUCCGUGGAACUGGGGCAGCACUGAAUGUGUUGGAGUUGAUACCGACCGCAACUGGGACUACCGCUGGGGCGAGAUGGACUCGUCGAACGACCCCUGCGCGGAUAACUAUGCCGGGCCCCAUCCGUUCAGCGAACCCGAGACCAGGGCUGUAUCCGAGUUCCUCGCUGAACAUAGAGGGCAAAUAAAGGUGUAUUUAUCUUUUCACGCCUAUUCUCAAACGUGGUUAACACCGAGUACCGAGGCGCUAGCAUCUUAUGGUGACGACGGAAUCAUGUUGGAAAUGGGAAAACUUGCUACAGCCGCACUUGCUGAUAUGUAUGGGUCUAAAUACAAGGUUGGAACAGCUGCGGAGCUUCGUCAGCCGGCGUCUGGCAUGUCACAUGAUUGGGCCAAGUCUCGUGCGGGCAUCAAAUUUUCCUAUCACGUUGAUUUGCGCGACUCUAUCGGACGUCACGGCUUUUUGCUGCCCGGCUCGCAAAUUGUACCCACGGCGCGCGAAACCUGGCAAGCGGUCAAAGCGAUUGUCGAUAAUUUAACGCCCGGAUAAAAAAAAGUUGUCGGUUACUAGAUGUCUGACACACUUAUCGAGUUGUAGAAACUUAGUGUCAGUUAUUGAAAAAGAAAGAAGAUUAUUGACUGAUCUAAAAUGAUCUACUAUUAAUUAAAAAACUAGUUCGAAACUUUCCAAAUUAAUGACUAUAAGACUUGACACAAAAAUACUAUUAGGUAAUAAGGGAUAAAUUUUUGUAGGUUUUAAAAACGAUUUGGUAUGCUGUAGUAGUUUUUAUGUGAGGGUAAUUAGCCUUCAAAUGACUAAAUUGGUGGGAAUAUCUCGGACGGAAAUUGUACUGCGAAUUUGCUCAAAAAUGCAUUUAAAAUGUAAUUAUAAGACAUGAUACCUUAAAGGUGACUGUUAGGAAUAAGCUAUUUUUAAUUGUACUAAUGUUUUAUAAAUUUUAAUA